GAAAAGUUCUUUCCCUCUCUGUGCUCUGCUUGGAUUGGCUGGCUUGCUCUUUUGUUUACUGGAGGUGAAAUGAUGCUCGAGUGAUGCUGCGUCGCUCUUCCCACCCGCUGUAGACCAUCAUCAUCAUCAUCAUCAUCAUCAUCAUCAUCAUCAUCAUCAUCGCCGCCGGUAUGGAUCUGAUCGAAGAGCCCAAUAUGAGAAAUUUUGACUGAUAAAACCGGAGGUCUGUCAAAAUCUAAAGUGUUUUUAACGCAGUUCGGGAUAAUACUGAAGUUCACGCUUUGCAGAAAGCCUCAGUGGCAGAAAACCGACAAAUGCACAGAUGAAACUCUGCAACUGAGAAUACAACACUGGGAGGCACUUUAAACACACACACACACACACACACGCGCACACACACGUAAAUACACUUAUCACUCCAACUCAACACACACACAAUAUACACACAGAUGGCACUGGACAACACUGGCUACUCCACGUGCACUGAAUCCCUGUCUGUCCCAGUCCCAGAUAAAGAGAAGGAACCAGUGGAGGAGGCCUCAAAAGAAACCCCACCUCCUACAGUUAAGAAUGCAUCUGAGGAGCUGGGGUGCGUGGUAUCCACGGAGGUGGAUCCGCCUCCACAGCCUGCAUCCAAUAACAACAUGUCUUUCCAAGACAAAUUGGCUGCAAGGGAAGCACAAGCCAAUCAGCCCCGGAAGAAAAUUCAGGGGGCGAGGCUAGAGAGAGGCAGGUUUGGAUGGGGACGCAGUAAGAGGCGUAAGAGGCAGCGUUAUGUGGAGAAAAAUGGGAGUUGUAACGUGCAGCAUGGUAACAUGCGAGAGACAUAUCGUUACCUGACGGAUAUUUUUACCACCCUGGUGGAUCUGAACUGGCGUUGCUCUCUCUUCGUCUUUGUCAUGGCGUAUGCGGUGACCUGGCUCUUCUUUGGAGCAAUAUGGUACCUCAUUGCAUACUGCAGGGGUGAUUUGGACCAUUUAGAAGAUGAGACUUGGACUCCAUGUGUGAAUAAUGUUAAUGGAUUCAUCUCAGCAUUCCUUUUCUCCAUUGAAACGGAGACGACCAUUGGCUAUGGUCACCGUGUCAUCACUGACCAGUGUCCAGUAGGAACCAUGUUACUCCUGUUGCAGGCUAUACUGGGCUCUAUGGUCAAUGCAUUCAUGGUUGGAUGUAUGUUUGUGAAGAUCUCGCAGCCGAAUAAGCGUGCAGAGACAUUGGUGUUCUCUCGUAACGCUAUCAUCUCACUGCGGGACGACAAGCUCUGUCUGAUGUUCCGGGUCGGGGAUCUGAGAUCCUCCCAUAUUGUGGGCGCCAACAUGAGAGCCAAACUUAUCAAAUCCAAACAGACGCAAGAGGGUGAGUUUAUUCCGCUGGAUCAGACAGAUAUCAGCGUGGGCUUUGAGACGGGGGACGAUCGUCUGUUCCUGGUGUCUCCACUGGUGAUCUCUCAUGAGAUCGAUGUCCGCUCACCGUUCUGGGACAUGUCCCAAGCCCAACUGGAGAAAGAGGACUUCGAGCUUGUCGUCAUCCUGGAGGGGAUGGUGGAAGCUACAGGUAUGACCUGUCAGGCACGGAGCUCGUACCUGGCCGAAGAGCUGUUAUGGGGUCACAGGUUUAUUCCGAUGAUGUCACUGGCUGAGGGAUUCUUUGAUGUGGACUAUGGAGCUUUUCACCACACAUUUGAGGUGGACACGCCCUCCUGCUCUGCAAGAGAGCUGGCAUUAGCUGCUGCUCGUUUGGACGCUCAUCUCUAUUGGUCGAUCUCCAGUCGCCUUGAUGAGGAGAAAUGGGAGGGGCCUAAUCUGACUGAGCAAAUGGGAAAAUCCACUGACUCGGAAUCUGUCAGGGAGGAAGACGGGCCAACAUUUAUUGUUGUUGGAGUUACAAAUACACUGGAUCAAUCGGUUGCAGGGGAGCAGAACGGCAGUGUCACAACUGACCAAUCAGUGUCUGAGGCUUAA